AAUAAACAAACAAUUUGGGUCUCUCUUCAGUCUUCAACAAGCUUUUAACUAAUCAAGCCAUCUUCGACGGCGAGGGAAAUCUCUACAUCCGCACCAAAAAGCUCGAUCAGCUCGACGGCGAGGCCUGCAUUAAUGUUCGCAAGGUGAAAAUCAUCUCCAGCUACGAGCUAAGUGUUGUUUUGCCUUGGAGGGGCGAAGCCAAGGAUUCUAAAGGGAAAUCGUUGGCUAAGACGUAGAGUACUAUCGAAAUCCCAUAUAUUUCAGACGAGAAUUCUUACACGUUGGUGUUUGUUGCAGGUCUGACUCACUUUUGAUGAGCCGAACCUGGAGUUACAUUUUUUAAGUUGAGCCACACUGACGUGCCACAGAUAUGGGAAUGAAGCUGUCAUGGAGAACACCGAGAGAGGUUGGCAAGAUCUCAUUGUUUGCAAGAUUUGAGCUGUAUUAGGUUUUGGUCUCUUUGACGUGAUCCGAGUAUCAUUGUAAACCUGAGUGGAGCCAACCCAAAAACCCUAGCUCUGCCCUCCCACCUCCACUUGAUGGCUGAAGUUGUGGGUUUGGAGAUUGAAACUGUUGAGCAAAGGUUGAAAUCGUUUCUCAGUCAGCUUCAAUCGGAGUUUGGCAUUCUCGAUCGAAUUGUGUACAAAAACAAGAAUCAACACAGAAGAUGCUCUUACUUUCAGUACCUGAUGAAGGUGAGAAGAGACUUGAGACUUCUCAAAUCAGCAAAUCCAGAGGAAAUUUUCAGUGCCUCAUUUGAUGUCAUCAAUGGAAAGAGGCCUAGGCAAAAGGUGCAGCUUCUGGAAAGCCUGAAGAGGAGAAGAACAGACAGUAACAAGCACAACUUUUUGGAUCGGCUCCUGGGAGUUGCUCACCUGUUGUCACAGAUGACUGAGCCGAUGUUGAAGGCAGCAACACAGGUAUCGACUCUUCUUGCUCGAUCAUUUUUCUUGGGGUUUUCAUUGACGGUGUUGGCUUUGUUGGCACGAAUCAGAGUUUUGGUUCAGCAAAUGCUUCUAGAUGUUGUUUUUGUAUUCAACCGUGUAUCCUCUCUUUCUCAAAAGGAACAAGCAGUUAGGUUAACUCAAGAACGAUUUGAGGUUUUUAGAGAAUAUUAUCCCGCAAAGCAACAGCCUACUUUCCUAGAAUGCAUUUGGGAGACAGAUAAGUAUAGAUUAAUUGAGAAGAAAGGUGCAAGUGAGGUUGAAAACCAGGAAAAGAAAAUCAAAGAAGAUGCUUGUAUUGAAACAUCAAAGAUUAAGUACCAAAGUGUAGAGAUUUUCCUAGGAGAAGACGAAUGUGAUAAGACUGUCCCUGAUGAAGUUAAUGUAGAAAGAUCAUCUUCCUUGAAUAAAAAGGAUAAGAGUUCCCUUUUGAGUCCAAUCCCUGAGAUUAAUGAUGAUGAGACGCAAGUUCCACCAGGUUCUGAUAUUGCGGUUUCUCCUGACAAGAGUAUUUUUUCUACUGGAAGCGGAAUGCUUAAGAGUGAUGCUGAAGUGAAAAUCAAGCCUAAAGCAAAGCGUAAUGUUGCAUUUGUCUCGGUAAAAAGACCUGCUCCUUCACCGUCAUCUGUGAAUGAACCAGGACAUUGCCUUCAAGGAAAGGAAAAGGGUGGUUCUUCAACUACAGAAGAAGACCCAUUUUUCAGUUUACUUACCGGAGGCAACAAGAAGAGUACUUUGUUUUAAUUAUUUUUUACUGGGAAUCAAUCCUAAACCCUAAACUGUUAAAACCUUGUCUUAGGAAGUUUUUCUGAGAUUGUGUGCUACUUCCUAGGGCUACAACAUUUGCAGUUAUAAAGUUUUCUGAGAUGGGAUGGCUGUUUAGGGAAGUUUUGUGGUAGAUUCUGGGGAGUGUUGCUUUGUUCCCAGUUGAGGAUUUAGACACACUAGUGGACUAACAUUUUGUCAUUUUUGUGUUGUUUUGCUUAUUGAGCUUCUAGAGUAAUUAUAAAUAGCUGGUACUUCUUGAAGCAA